AGCCAACACUACUACUCUCUCUCUCUUUCCGUCUCCUCUAUUAUUCUACUCUCUCUGCUUCUUAGGGUUUCGAAUCUCCCCAAAUCGAUUCAACCCGGAUUCGAAUCGGUCAUUCUCAGUCCAGCAAUGACGACCUUAGUGAGCUCGGCGGGUGGUCUACUCGCCAUGCUUAACGAGUCCCGUCCCGAGCUCAAGCUCUACGCUUUGUCCAACCUCAACAAAUUGGUCGAUGGGUUUUGGCCCGAGAUCUCCACCAGCGUUCCCAUCAUAGAAAGUUUGUAUGAAGAUGAAGAGUUUGGUCAGCAUCAAAGACAACUGGCUGCAUUGCUUGUUUCCAAGGUUUUCUACUAUUUGGGUGAACUUAAUGACUCACUGUCCUAUGCCCUUGGAGCUGGUUCGUUAUUUGAUGUGUCAGAGGAUUCUUAUUACAUUCAUACUCUUCUUGCUAAAGCUAUUGAUGAGUAUGCCAGUCUUAAGUCUAAGGCAGCAGAAUCAAAUGCUGAAGCAGCAAAUGUUGAUCCUAGGUUGGAGGCUAUUGUGGAGAGAAUGCUGAAUAAGUGUAUCCUUGAUGGGAAAUACCAACAAGCUAUGGGGAUUGCAAUUGAAUGUCGAAGACUGGAUAAACUUGAGGAAGCAAUCAUAAAGAGUGAUAAUGUUCAAGGAACCCUGUCAUAUUGCAUCAAUGUCUCUCACUCGUAUAUUAAUCUUAGAGAAUAUAGACGUGAGGUGCUUCGUCUUCUUGUCAGAGUGUAUCAAAAUCUGCCUUCUCCAGAUUACUUGAGCAUUUGCCAGUGUCUCAUGUUCUUGGGUGAACCAGAAGGUGUUGCAACCAUAUUGGAAAAGCUCCUGCGCUCUGAUAACAAGGAAGAUGCACUAUUGGCGUUUCAAAUAGCCUUUGACCUUGUUGAGAAUGAGCACCAAGCUUUUCUCUUAAAUGUAAGAAAUCGCCUUUCAGCUCCCAAGACUCAAACUUCAGAGCCAGUGCAACCAGAAUCCACUGAAGCUGCACAAAAUGAAGGUUCUGCUCCGGGGGAUGUUCAAAUGACAGAUGGAAGUUCUAGUACCAGUGUGGCUGUGCCUGAAGAUCCAACUGAAGUGAUGUAUUCUGAGCGACUGACAAAAAUCAAAGGAAUUUUAUCUGGAGAGACGUCGAUAAAGUUGACUUUACAGUUUCUGUACAGCCAUAACAAGUCUGAUCUGCUCAUUCUGAAGACAAUAAAGCAGUCUGUUGAGAUGAGAAAUAGUGUAUGCCAUAGUGCGACGAUUUAUGCUAAUGCAAUUAUGCAUGCUGGAACAACUGUGGAUACAUUUCUGAGGGAAAAUCUGGACUGGUUAAGCAGGGCCACUAAUUGGGCAAAAUUCAGCGCAACAGCUGGGCUAGGUGUUAUUCACAGAGGCCACUUGCAGCAAGGAAGAUCUCUGAUGGCACCUUACUUGCCUCAGGGAGGGGCUGGUGGUGGUGGAAGUCCAUACUCAGAAGGUGGUGCUCUGUAUGCUCUGGGACUUAUUCAUGCCAACCAUGGCGAGGGCAUCAAACAGUUCCUUCGUGAUAGCCUACGUAGUACUAAUGUGGAGGUUAUUCAACAUGGGGCGUGCUUGGGUCUUGGUUUGUCAGCUUUAGGAACUGCUGAUGAAGAGAUUUAUGAUGACAUUAAAAGUGUGCUCUAUACUGACAGUGCCGUUGCUGGUGAAGCAGCUGGUAUUAGUAUGGGUUUACUUAUGGUUGGAACUGCAAGUGAGAAGGCUAGUGAGAUGCUUACUUAUGCACAUGAGACAUCACACGAAAAGAUCAUCAGAGGGUUGGCAUUAGGGAUUGCCCUGACGGUAUAUGGAAGAGAAGAGGAAGCAGACACACUCAUUGAACAGAUGACAAGAGAUCAAGACCCCAUACUGCGUUAUGGUGGUAUGUAUGCAUUAGCAUUGGCCUAUAGCGGGACAGCAAACAACAAAGCUAUUCGCCAGCUGCUGCAUUUUGCUGUGUCAGAUGUGAGUGAUGAUGUUAGAAGAACUGCUGUUCUAGCCCUUGGUUUUGUCUUGUAUUCUGAGCCAGAGCAGACGCCUCGCAUUGUCUCCCUGCUAUCUGAGUCCUACAACCCACAUGUUCGAUAUGGUGCUGCUCUUGCAGUAGGAAUUUCUUGUGCUGGUACUGGCUUGAGCGAGGCCAUCUCUUUGUUAGAGCCUCUGACUUCAGAUGUUGUUGAUUUUGUGCGCCAAGGUGCCCUCAUUGCAAUGGCUAUGGUCAUGGUCCAGAUUAGUGAAGCUAGUGAUUCUCGUGUUGGAGCUUUUAGGCGGCAAUUGGAGAAAAUCAUUCUUGAUAAGCAUGAGGAUACCAUGAGCAAAAUGGGAGCAAUCUUGGCCUCUGGAAUUCUUGAUGCUGGUGGAAGGAAUGUGACAAUUAGACUUCUUUCCAAAACAAAACAUGACAAGGUCACUGCAGUGGUUGGCCUUGCUGUUUUCAGUCAGUUUUGGUACUGGUAUCCCCUCAUAUAUUUCUUGAGUUUGGCAUUCUCACCAACAGCUUUCAUAGGACUGAACUAUGACCUUAAAGUUCCGAAGUUUCAGUUCAUGUCAUUUGCAAAACCUUCUCUGUUUGAAUAUCCUAAACCGACAACUGUGGCAACCACUACAUCAGCUGUGAAACUCCCCACUGCUGUUCUGUCAACAUCAGCAAAGGCCACUAAAGCUAGGGCCAAGAAAGAAGCUGCAGAUCAGAAGGCAAAUCCUGAGAAGACAAAUCCUGGGGCAGAGAGUUCUUCCGGAAAAGGAAAAUCAUCUAGUGAGAAAGAUGGGGAUUCGAUGCAGGUUGAUGGUACUACAGAGAAGAAAUCAGAACCUGAGCGCAGUGAACCUGCUUUUGAGUUUUUGACCAACCCAGCUAGGGUGGUUCCUGCUCAGGAGGAAUACAUCAAAUUUCUCGAAGAAAGCAGAUAUGUGCCCGUCAAGCUAGAACCUUCAGGAUUUGUUCUCUUGAGAGACCAGAGACCUACUGAACCAGAAGUGCUCUCACUUACGGACACACCCUCUUCCACUGCCUCAGCUGCUGGUGGACCAGCAACUGGACAGUCAGGAUCUGCAUCAGCCAUGGCAGUUGAUGAAGAACCUCAACCUCCUCAGCCGUUUGAGUACACCGUGUGAUUCUCAUUCUUGGUCAUUGACUAAUUCUCGUGUUCAGUCAGCUGAAUAUGUGGUGGAUAUUGUUGACAUGUUUGUUGUACUUUGCUUGUUAAAUUUUCAUGUAUACGAAGUUUUAAUGAGUUGCAGUUCAGCGUCAUUGGUGAUACUUUUGUGGUUUAGAUUUACUUUUCGGCUCAGAUGAUUUCCUAGAUUAUCAGGUGAAUUGGGUUUAAUAUUAAGAAAGUUUCUUACAUAACUGGGAUCUUGAAAUGCAAGUCUCGUUGGAGGGCAGGAGAUA